AUGGUGAGGUUUUCGUCGUCGGACCGAAAGCCGGUCAGGGAGCCGGUCAGGGAGCCGGUCAAGGAGCCUGUCAGGGAGCCGGUCAGGGAGCCGGUCAAGGAGCCGGUCAAGGAGCCGGUCAGGGAGCCGGUCAGGGAGCCGGUCAGGGAGCCGGUCAAGGAGCCUGUCAGGGAGCCGGUCAGGGAGCCUGUCAGGGAGCCGGUCAGGGAGCCUGUCAAGGAGCCUGUCAGGGAGGCUGUCAAGGAGCCUGUCAGGGAGCCGGUCAGGGAGCCGGUCAGGGAGCCUGUCAAGGAGCCUGUCAAGGAGCCGGUCAGGGAGCCGGUCAGGGAGCCGGUCAGGGAGCCUGUCAGGGAGCCGGUCAGGGAGCCUGUCAAGGAGCCUGUCAGGGAGCCUGUCAAAGAGCCUGUCAAGGAACCUGUCAAGGAGCCUGUCAGGGAGCCGGUCAGGGAACCUGUCAAGGAACCUGUCAAGGAGCCUGUCAAGGAGCCGGUCAAGGAGCCAGUCAAGGAACCUGUCAAGGAGCCAGUCAAGGUGCCGGUCAAGGAGCCAGUCAAGGAACCUGUCAAGGAGCCGGUCAGGGAGCCUGUCAGGGAGCCGGUCAGGGAGCCUGUCAAGGAGCCGGUCAGGGAGCCUGUCAAGGAGCCGGUCAGGGAGCCUGUCAAGGAACCUGUCAAGGAGCCGGUCAGGGAGAUGCCAACCUGAG